GCCCAGAAGGGAGGGAGAAUGUCUUGUUUGUGGCUUGUCAGCAAUUGCUUGAGACAAGCUUCCAUGUGUGAAAGCUACUUGGCAUGAAUGCCUGGGCCGUACCAAGUGUCACCGCAGCAAGAGGGGGAGUCAGAAGAAAAACAGAUCAGACCAGAGCAGACAAUAGGCCCCUAAAGUGUUCCCCCUAAGUUGCUUUGAUGUUGUCCUAGUGUCUUGAUACCAGGAGGCCGGGGAUUGCAGGAAAAGGGCCUUUUUUGUCUUCAUUCACUUUCCCCCCUCAGUUUCUGAAAUGAUUCUCCAGAAUUUCUCCUCAUAAAAAAGGACUCAAUGUGGGACUAGCUGGUGUCACUCCACUUUGACCUAAAAAUUCCCUUCUGUUUGGGAGGCAGAGCUCAUUCUUGGAAAGUUCUUCCGUGUCCCAAUGUAGAAGAGAGAGCAGAUCGGACAUCUCGAAAGGUGAGGGUCACCUUUGAGAAAGGGGUUUCCCGGACUCCCCCAGCUCCUCACCUCCAGGAUGAGCACUGCGGUAUCGUGACCCUUGGGGUUUCGUGUGCCCUGGAGAUGCGAGAUUUUCCUUUGGCAGCAGGAGGCACACACCCAGAGGAUGCCGGAGCUGCAAGGGGAAAGGACCCACUUCCACAGCAGAGAAAAGCAAAGAGGAAAAAGGCAUACAGGUGGCCAGCGCUGAGGGCCGCGCCCAGCAAGCCACCGGCCGCCGCCACUGCCCUCAGCAGCUGUCUGUGCUGCAGCCCGAGAGGAACUCGGUGAGCCCGUCCCUGUUUGUGACUGCACGCUCAGGAUUUCAAUCAAUGCAUUCCAGUAACCCCAAAGUGAGGAACUCUCCAUCAGGAAACACACAGAGUAGCCCUAAGUCAAAGCAGGAGGUGAUGGUCCGUCCCCCUA